AGUCUGACUCAGGCAGGGAGCAGCAGGUCUUGAAAAAGCCCCAGCCCUGUGCACUUCCCUAGCCCGCUGAGCGCCACCGCUAAGAUGAAGCUAGCGAACUGGUAUUGGCUGAGCUCCGUGGUCUUUGCUGCUUAUGGCUUUUUGGUGGCGGCAAAGAAUGACACAGAGGAAAUUAAAGAUGAAACAGCCAAGGACUCAUGCCCGGUCAGACUGGAAAGCAGAGGGAAAUGCGAGGAGGACGGCGAAUGCCCCUACCAGGUGAACCUGCCCCCGCUCACAAUUCAGCUCCCAAAGCAGUUCAGCAGGAUUGAGGAGGUGUUCAAAGAAGUCCAGAAUCUCAAGGAAAUCGUAUAUAGCCUGAGGAAAUCUUGCCAAGACUGCAAAUUGCAGGCAGACGAGAACCAAGACCCUGGCAGAAAUGGAUUGUUGUCACCUAACACAGGAGCCCUAGAAGAGACUGAUGACAACCGGGUUAGAGAAUUAGAGAGCGAGGUUAAUAAGCUGUCCUCUGACCUAAAGAAUGCAAAGGAGGAAAUCGGUGUACUCCAAGGUCGCCUGGAAAAGCUGAACCUUGUAAAUAUGAACAACAUAGAGAACUAUGUUGACAGCAAGAUAGCAAAUCUAACAUUUAUGGUCAAUAGUUUGGAUGGCAAAUGCUUUAAAUGUCCCAAUCAAGAAAAUACACAGCCGGGUCCAGUUCAACAUCUGAUAUAUAAAGAUUGCUCUGACUACUAUACAAUAGGCAAAAGAAGUAGUGAGAUCUACAGAGUCACACCAGAUUACAAAUACAGUAGCUUUGAAGUUUACUGUGACAUGGAAACCAUGGGGGGAGGCUGGACAGUGCUGCAGGCACGUCUGGAUGGAAGCAUCAACUUCACAAGAACAUGGCAAGACUAUAAAGCAGGUUUUGGCAACCUCAGAAGAGAAUUUUGGCUGGGGAAUGAAAAAAUUCAUCUAUUGACCAAAAGUAAAGACAUGAUUUUAAGAAUAGACCUUGAAGACUUUAAUGGUGUCAAGCUCUAUGCCUUGUAUGAUCAAUUUUAUGUGGCCAACGAGUUUCUCAAAUACCGACUACAUAUUGGCAAUUAUAAUGGCACAGCAGGAGAUGCCUUACAUUUCAGUAAACAUUACAAUCAUGACAUGAAGUUUUUCACCACCCCAGAUAGAGACAAUGAUCGCUACCCCUCUGGGAACUGUGGGCUUUACUAUAGUUCAGGCUGGUGGUUUGAUGCAUGCUUGUCUGCAAACUUAAAUGGCAAAUACUACCACCAAAACUACAGAGGUAUUCGUAAUGGGAUUUUCUGGGGUACCUGGCCUGGUGUGAAUGAGGCACAACCUGGUGGUUAUAAGUCCUCCUUCAAAGAGGCCAAAAUGAUGAUCAGACCCAAACACUUUACACCAUAAGUCACUAAUAUUCAUUCUUCUGGGCAUUUAUUAUGUAGUAGGGCAAUUAAGUUCAUCAGCACUUUGGAAUAUGUUUCAUAUUCCUUUUCCAUGACUAAAAAUUUCAUUCUGAACAAUGUGUUCUUAUGCUGUACUGCAUUUGAAAUAGAGCCAAAAGUUAUACACAUUAAAUGAGUCUUUUAUUGCUAUUAAACACUGUUGUCUAAGUUAUCAGUUGCCAGAAAGAAGAAAUGCUGAAUUUUAUGCAUUAAGUUUAUAAUUAUCUUAAUUUUUAUUAAUCAAAAAGUCUUCUAUUGCAUUACAUGCUAUAAUAAAUAUAACAGUUUAUUCAACAGUCUAUAUUUCAUACAAAUGAUCUGUAUAUUGGCUAAGAUUUAAACAGUUCUGAAGGGAUAGCACUGCAUGCUGACUGUAAAGUUAAUCGUCUCUGAAUACCUUAAUGCUCAUUUUGAGAUGAACAUACUCAAUGUGUGACAUUUAUUUUGUUUCAGAAAGACCUUACAAGAUUUUAGUUUCCAGACAAAGGGACAUACAUAUAAAUAAACAUAUUUAUAGAUAAUUCAUGAAGUAUAAAAUAUUUGACAUUUAAAAAGUGGUAGUAUCACAUCAUUCCUAAACGCAUUCAGAAUGAUAAUUAAUUCUUAAAGAGCAGGGUUUAAAUGUAACCCACUUACAGCUGAUAACUUUAGAUGGUUGAUGGUGAAAACUGCAUUAAUUUAAAAAUAAUCUUUUGCUGUUUUGUAUGCAUAAUCAUGAAUGAUUUAAGGUUGUGUACUACUGUACUUAAUUGACUACUGGGAGAUUUUCUUCUGGAGCAGUAGAUUUGGCCUACGUAGGGAACAAAACAUUUAUUUACAGACUAUAGUAUGCUAUAAUAUAAAAUUCCAAUUUUAUAUCCAAAGUAAUGAUAUAAUUCACUUCUUAGAAGGCUGUUUUAUAUGACAGAUAGAUUUAUAAAAAUUGAAUUUUGAAAUAAAUAGAACAGUAUUCAAAUAUUGUAUGUUUUAACUGUAACUAGUCUCUUGCUUAGUUUACUAUCAGAAGAUUCAAAUACAGAUGUUCAUUCCUUAACCAACCAAAGGUACCUGAAACUUUCAUAAUUGAUUUUCGAAUGCAAGAUGUCAUACUAAAAAAUACAUAAGGAGAAUGUAAUUUUCACCCCUUUGAAAAGGGUAAGUUCACAAAGAACAUCAAUAUUCUGCUGCACAUUUGGGAAUAGUUUCUAGAAUAAAAUUUGAAAUAAUAUAUCAUAAUAAUAUAUAUCACAUGUGAAUCACAGAAGCACAUCCAAUAUCAAUUUCUAGUAUUCUUUUCUAAUAUAGGAAUUAAUUAAAAAAUAUAUUCACAUAGAUGUAUUUUUACUUAUUUUAUUUGAAAAUUAUUGAUAGUAUGCUAUAGAAGUUACUUUUCCAAAUAUUGUCAUUAGAAAACACUGUAAUCAAAAAGAAGCAAAAUAGUAUUUUUGAAGUAUACAAUAUGCAAAGUUUUGGGGUAAAUGUAAUGAUACCAAGCUAUUAAUAAUGCUCUUACAAUGUUAAAAGCAAAGAAAUGCUGACAGAAUUAAGUGGUAAUGAAAAUGCCAAACAGUAUUACUGUAGAUUUUGAAGGUUACAUAUAUACUUAACAGGUAUCAGCUGUGUAUAAUUACUCUUUAUUUCUUUAUUUUCUGUUAUUUAAAAAGGACUAAGAAUGUUUUGAUAAUAUACAAUGUAUUUUAGAUAAGUGUCAUAUACUAUGUAAUUGUUAAGUAUAUAUAAGCUCAACUGUAUUUCUAUACAGUAUUUUAAGGUUUUAAAGAUAAAAACCUUAAAAUACUGUUCUAAAUAAAAAGUGCUCAUACACAGAGUGUCCACUAGAUAUCAUUUCAGGAAAAUCUGAUAAUUCAUGAAUUCAUGUAGAUACUCAAAAAUUUAUCUUCCUACCAUUCCACCUUAUUGCAAAUCAUCUUUUUUUUCAUUUUCCAUUAUACUUUAAUGGUGCUUUUCUAAUAAAAAUUUUGUAACAUAAAGAUUCUUUUCAAAAUCAUUUCGUGUUAGUACAAAAUGUAUUUUGGACUUGGACGGUUCAUAACAUGAUGAUUGAAAUAGGUUAACUCUGCAUCUAUUGCCAUAAUACAUGCCACUGAUACAUGCUAUUGUUCAUUGAUGUUUAUUGACUAUUAACAAAUAAAUCAUUUUAAUGUU